CCCUCUCUCCUCUCUCUAUCCCUUGUCCAGUUGUGUGGUAGAUGAGAUGGACUUCUCAGGGAUGGAUCUGGAUGAAGCCCUCAGGAAGUUCCAGGCUCAGAUCAAAGUCCAGGGCGAGGCCCAGAAGGUGGAGAGACUGAUCGAGGCUUUCAGUCAGCGGUACUGUGUGAGUAACCCGGUGCUGAUCCGGCAGUUCCAGAACCCCGACACGAUCUUCAUCCUGGCCUUCGCCAUCAUCCUCCUCAACACAGACAUGUACUCUCCCAACGUCAAACCAGAGAGGAAGAUGAAGCUGGAGGACUUCAUCAAAAACCUUAGAGGAGUGGAUAACGGUCAGGACAUUCCCAGAGACCUGUUAGUAGGGAUCUACCAUCGGAUAGAGAAGUGGGAGCUACGCGCCAACGAUGACCACGUCUCUCAAGUACAGGCUGUGGAGAAGGUUCUGGUUGGCAAGAAGCCUGUGCUCUCGCUGCCCCACCGCAGAUUGGUGUGUUGCUGCCAGCUGUACGAGGUGCCUGACCCUAACAGAAGCCAGAGGACUGGAGUCCACCAGAGAGAAGUCUUCCUCUUCAACGACCUGCUCGUGGUAACCAAGAUCUUCCAGAAGAAGAAGACCUCUGUGACAUACAGCUUCAGACAGUCCUUCCCCCUGGUCGAGAUGCAGGUCCACAUGUUCCAGAACCAGCACUACCCCCACGGUAUCCGUCUGUCGUCAGCCAACCCUGGCGGGGAGAGGAAGGUUCUGAUCGUGUUUACCGCUCCGAGCCAGCAGGACAGAACACGCUUCACCUCCGACCUGAGAGAGAGCAUCACCGAGGUGACGGAGAUGGAGAAAUACAGGGUGGAAUCGGAGUUGGAGAAGCAGAAAGGAGUGAUGAGGCCUGUUGUGGCCGGGUCUGACGGUGGUGGUCCCAGCGGCGGCGUGAAGGCGGUGAACGGCACUCUGGGUAGGCCCAGUCUGGACGACAGCUAUGCCUCUGCAGACGUACUCAAACGUACCGCGCUCAGCUCAUCACUGAGAGACCUAGCAGACACAGGAAAGCGGGGCCGCCGAAACAGUGCUAGCUCCCUGGACAGCACUAUGGAAGGCUCCAUCAUUAACAGUCCCAGGCCUCAUCAGCGCCCCCACAUGGCUGGAGAUGUAAUGCCACCCUGCUGCUAUGACAUCCAAGACUACCGGCCUCACCACCCCAUCCUGAGCCCCGGGACGGGGGUGGGGGGUGGGCCGGGGCUAAAUCACAAUACCGCUACUGGGACGACGGCACUGGUUCCCAGCAGCGUAGACCGAGGGGGUAUGGGAUCCCAGGGGAGCGGGUCUGGAGGGGGAGGGGGCAGUAGAGGCUCCUCCCUGAGAUCCCUGUUUGGGAGCAAGCGCUCCAUCACCAAGCCCCCCGGUCCUCUCCUCCCUCUCCUCCCACCUGGGCUGCCACACUACCCUGCACCUGUCCCCCCGCCCACCACCGGCGGCCCGCCCCCACACUCCCCCUCCGCCCUCAGCAACUCCGACCCAGGAGGGUCCUCUAAGAUCCAGGCCCUGCACGCCCAGUACUGCCACAACAGUACCGCAGGGCAGCAGCCUCCUCCGCCCUACUACCACCACCACCGCUACCACGCCCAGACAGGACCCGCUCCCAACCAGCCCUCCUCCACCGCCCAGGGGGCCCCUGGGCCUCAUACCAUCCACAGGGGCCCCAUGGUUGGGGUCCCCAAGCGGCCGGACCCCGGUCCUGCUCCCUCCCACCUCAAGCUGCAGCAGCAUGUUGUACAGGGGGGGUGCUAUACCAACAUGGGGGUUUCUAUAGGGGUAGGCUGCCCCCCUCCGCCCCUUUCUCCACAUUCCCCGGUGUCCCCGACCCUCGCCCUCUACCACACACACUCCACUCACGGUCGAGGAGGCGGAUGCGCCAAGCUCCCUCUUACUCUGUCGCGCUCGCAGCCCCACCCUCACGCCCACGUGCCUCAUCUUACCGCUCAUUCCCACAACCACAGCCCCCAUCCCGGCCUUUCCCUCAGCCCCCAUCCCGCCCAACACCCUCAGCACCAGACUCACUUCAUCUUUGCCGCCCCGCCCCCCCAGACCCCUUCCGCCCGGCACGUCCCACAGGCCGACGCCCACAGCCACGCCCAGUACCUCCCGCUCUCCUCCAUACCCCCUCCCCCUCCUCACUCCCCUUUACCCCCACCUUCCUCCCCUCAUACCCCGCUUCCCCCUCUCUUCCCCUACACCCACCACCUCCAGCAGCAGCAGCCCAGCCAGCCGCCCCAGCUCCAGGGAGGGCAGCAGGGGUCUGGCGGGGGCAACAGCAGCACGGGGACGGGCAGCACCACCAGCUCCAAGUCCAAGCCUAUCAACCGCAUCAGCACGGUGGUGUGAGUGUCAGGAGACGUAACAAACCUCCCAGACACCAGGGGGACACCGCUCGUCGGACUGAGGUCGUCAGACCAUGACAACUACAUGUUAAAGAGGGGCCACGCCCGGGUCAUCCAACAUGGCCGCCGGCGCUCUGGGAGAGGCAGGAGGAGGCGGUACUUGCUCAGGCUGUGAUACUUCCACCUCCGGUAGAGGAAGAGGAAGAUACUAACUCACUGAAGAGGAAGAUACUAACUCACUGAAGAGGAAGAUGAAGAUACUAACUCACUGAAGAGGAAGAUACUAACUCACUGAAGAAGAAGAUACUAACUCACUGAAGAAGAAGAUACUAACUCACUGAAGAGGAAGAUACUAACUCACUGAAGAGGAAGAUGAAGAUACUAACUUACUGAAGAAGAAGAUACUAAAUCACUGAAGAGGAAGAUACUAACUCACUGAAGAGGAAGAUACUAAAUCACUGAAGAGGAAGAUACUAACUCACUGAAGAGGAAGACACUAACUCACUGAAGAGGAAGAUACUAAAUCACUGAAGAGGAAGAUACUAAAUCACUGAAGAGGAAGAUACUAACUCACUGAAGAGGAAGAGGAAGAUACUAACUCACUGAAGAGGAAGAUACUAACUCACUGAAAGUCUGACUCGCUCUCCAGACUCAGAGACUAGAGGAAGACACACACACACACAAAAUGAUAUUCAAUAACUCAUGGACAGUACAGAGGUUGUUACUUGACAUGAGAAGAAGGAAAGAGAGAUGGUGAGUUGAGUGGUAGAGUGAGUUGAAUGGUAGAGUGAGAUGAGUGAGAUGAGUGGUAGAGUGAGUUGAGCGGUAGAGUGAGAUGAGUGGUAGAGUGAGUUGAGUGGUAGAGUGAGUUGAGUGGUAGAGUGAGUUGAGUGGUAGAGUGAGAUGAGUGGUAGAGUGAGAUGAGUGGUAGAGUGAGAUGAGUGGUAGAGUGAGAUGAGUGGUAGAGUGAGAUGAGUGGUAGAGUGAGAUGAGCGGUAGAGUGAGAUGAGCGGUAGAGUGAGAUGAGUGGUAGAGUGAGAUGAGUGGUAGAGUGAGAUGAGUGGUAGAGUGAGUUGAGUGGUAGAGUGAGAUGAGUGGUAGAGUGAGUUGAGUGGUAGAGUGAGAUGAGUGGUAGAGUGAGAUGAGUGGUAGAGUGAGUUGAGCGGUAGAGUGAGAUGAGCGGUAGAGUGAGAUGAGUGGUAGAGUGAGAUGAGUGGUAGAGUGAGUUGAGUGGUAGAGUGAGAUGAGCGGUAGAGUGAGAUGAGCGGUAGAGUGAGAUGAGUGGUAGAGGGAGAUGAGAGGUAGAGUGAGAUGAGUGGUAGAGGGAGAUGAGAGGUAGAGUGAGAUGAGUGGUAGAGUGAGUUGAGUGGUAGAGUGAGAUGAGCGGUAGAGUGAGAUGAGCGGUAGAGUGAGAUGAGCGGUAGAGGGAGUUGAGUGGUAGAGUGAGAUGAGAGAGUUGAGUGGUAGAGGGAGAUGAGUGGUAGAGUGAGAUGAGUGGUAGAGUGAGAUGAGUGGUAGAGGGAGAUGAGAGGUAGAGUGAGAUGAGUGGUAGAGGGAGAUGAGAGGUAGAGUGAGAUGAGUGGUAGAGUGAGUUGAGUGGUAGAGUGAGAUGAGCGGUAGAGUGAGAUGAGUGGUAGAGUGAGAUGAGUGGUAGAGUGAGAUGAGUGGUAGAGUGAGAUGAGUGGUAGAGUGAGAUGAGUGGUAGAGUGAGUUGAGUGGUAGAGUGAGUUGAGUGGUAGAGUGAGAUGAGUGGUAGAGUGAGAUGAGUGGUAGAGUGAGAUGAGUGGUAGAGUGAGAUGAGUGGUAGAGUGAGAUGAGCGGUAGAGUGAGAUGAGCGGUAGAGUGAGAUGAGUGGUAGAGUGAGAUGAGUGGUAGAGUGAGUUGAGUGGUAGAGUGAGUUGAGUGAGAUGAGUGGUAGAGUGAGAUGAGUGGUAGAGUGAGAUGAGCGGUAGAGUGAGAUGAGCGGUAGAGUGAGAUGAGCGGUAGAGUGAGUUGAGUGAUAGAGUGAGAUGAGUGGUAGAGUGAGUUGAGUGAUAGAGUGAGAUGAGUGGUAGAGGGAGUUGAGUGGUAGAGUGAGAUGAGAGAGUUGAGUGGUAGAGGGAGAUGAGUGGUAGAGUGAGAUGAGUGGUAGAGUGAGAUGAGUGGUAGAGGGAGUUGAGUGAGAUGAGUGGUAGAGUGAGUUGAGUGGUAGAGUGAGAUGAGUGAGAUGAGUGGUAGAGUGAGAUGAGUGGUAGAGUGAGAUGAGUGGUAGAGUGAGUUGAGUGGUAGAGUGAGUUGAGUGAGAUGAGUGGUAGAGUGAGUUGAGUGAGUUGAGUGGUAGAGUGAGUUGAGUGAGUUGAGUGGUAGAGUGAGUUGAGUGGUAGAGUGAGAUGAGUGAGAUGAGUGGUAGAGUGAGAUGAGUGGUAGAGUGAGUUGAGUGGUAGAGUGAGAUGAGUGGUAGAGUGAGUUGAGUGGUAGAGUGAGAUGAGUGGUAGAGUGAGUUGAGUGGUAGAGUGAGAUGAGUGGUAGAGUGAGUUGAGUGGUAGAGUGAGAUGAGUGGUAGAGUGAGUUGAGUGGUAGAGUGAGAUGAGCGGUAGAGUGAGUUGAGUGAGUUGAGCGGUAGAGUGAGAUGAGUGGUAGAGUGAGAUGAGAGGUAGAGUGAGUUGAGUGGUAGAGUGAGAUGAGUGGUAGAGUGAGUUGAGUGGUAGAGUGAGAUGAGCGGUAGAGUGAGUUGAGUGAGUUGAGCGGUAGAGUGAGAUGAGUGGUAGAGUGAGAUGAGUGGUAGAGUGAGAUGAGCGGUAGAGGGAGAUGAGCGGUAGAGUGAGAUGAGCGGUAGAGGGAGAUGAGCGGUAGAGGGAGAUGAGUGGUAGAGUGAGAUGAGAGGUAGAGGGAGUUGAGAGGUAGAGUGAGUUGAGUGAUAGAGUGAGUUGAGCGGUAGAGUGAGAUGAGCGGUAGAGUGAGUUGAGUGGUAGAGUGAGAUGAGAGGUAGAGGGAGUUGAGAGGUAGAGUGAGUUGAGUGAUAGAGUGAGUUGAGCGGUAGAGUGAGAUGAGUGGUAGAGGGAGUUGAGUGAUAGAGUGAGUUGAGUGGUAGAGUGAGAUGAGCUGCUGAAGAGGCGGUGGGCUGCUGUGUCGUUGUGUGGCCUGUACGUACAUGUGACCUCAUGGUACAGUGAGCUCCAAAAGUAUUGGGACAGUGACACAUUUCUUGUUUUGUGUUUUUGGCCCUGUACUCCAGCAGGUGUACUCCAGCUUUAAUUGGAGGGUAUUUUCUCAGUCAUAUCGAGUGAACCGUUUAGAAAUUACACCACUUUUUGUAUGUAGUCCCCAACAUUUUAAGAGUAUUGGGACAAAUUCCCUUAUGUGUGUUAAAGUUGAGUAUUUGGUCCUAUAUUCCUAGCAUGCAAUGACAACAUCAAGCAUGUGACUUUACUAACUUGCUGGAUGCAUUUGCUGUUUGUUUUGGUUGUGUUAGAUUAUUUUGUGCCCGAUAGAAAUGAAUGGUAAAUAAUGUAUUGUGUCAUUUUGGAGUCGCUUUUAUUGUAAAUAAGAAUAGAAUAUGUUUCAAAACACUUCUACAUUAAUGUGGAUGAUUACGGAUAAUCCUGAAUGAAUCGUGAAUAACGAUGAGUGACAAAGUUACAGACGCACAAAUAUCAUACCCCCAACUCAUGCUAACCUCACCAUAUUUUAUGCCUCGGUAACUUUCUUACUCAUCGUUAUUCAGGAUUAAUUCAGGAUGAUCCGUAAAUCAUCCACAUGAAUAUUAAUAGGGUUUGGAAACAUUGCACUUUGACCUCAUAGCAUUAUGAUUUCAAACACAAACGUGCUGGAGGUCUGUAAGUGUUACGUCAUAAACACUCCCCGAUCACUCGGGACAACAACAGGUGUUACGUCAUAAACACUCCCCGAUCACUAGGGACAACAACAGGUGUUACGUCAUAAACACUCCCCGAUCACUCGGGACAACAACAGGUGUUACGUCAUAAACACUCCCCGAUCACUCGGGACAACAACAGGUGUUACGUCAUAAACACUCCCCGAUCACUCGGGACAACAACAGGUGUUACGUCAUAAACACUCCCCGACCACUCGGGACAACAACAGGUGUUACGUCAUAAACACUCCCCGAUCACUCGGGACAACAACAGGUGUUACGUCAUAAACACUCCCUGAUCACUCGGGACAACAACAGGUGUUACGUCAUAAACACUCCCCGAUCACUCGGGACAACAACAGGUGUUACGUCAUAAACACUCCCCGAUCACUCGGGACAACAACAGGUGUUACGUCAUAAACACUCCCCUAUCACUCGGGACAACAACAGGUGUUACGUCAUAAAAACACUCCCCAACCACUCGGGACAACAACAGGUGUUACGUCAUAAACACUCCCCAAUCACUCGGGACAACAACAGGUGUUACGUCAUAAACACUCCCCGAUCACUCGGGACAACAACAGGUGUUACGUCAUAAACACUCCCCGAUCACUCGGGACAACAACAGGUGUUACGUCAUAAACACUCCCCGAUCACUCGGGACAACAACAGGUGAAAUGUCUUGUAGUAAGGAUUUUCUUUGAAUACAGUAUAUUUGGUACAGUGGAAUGAGCCAAACACUCCAGUAUAGAAUAUGAAAAUAUCUUGGGGUUUUCUGUCCCAACCACUCCAGUAUAGAAUAUGAAAAUAUCUUGGGGCUUUCUGUCCCAACCACUCCAGUAUAGAAUAUGAAAAUAUCUUGAGGCUUUCUGUCCCAACCACCAAGAUAGAAUAUGAAAAUAUCUUGGGGCUUUCUGUCCCAACUACUCCAGUAUAGAAUAUGAAAAUAUCUUGGGGCUUUCUGUCCCAACCAUUCCAGUAUAGAAUAUAGAAAUAUCUUGGGGCUUUCUGUCCCAACCACUCCAGUAUAGAAUAUGAAAAUAUCUUGGGGCUUUCUGUCCCAACCACUCCAGUAUAGAAUAUGAAAAUAUCUUGGGGCUUUCUGUCCCAACCACUCCAGUAUAGAAUAUGAAAAUAUCUUGGGGCUUUCUGUCCCAACCACUCCAGUAUAGAAUAUGAAAAUAUCUUGAGGCUUUCUGUCCCAACCACCAAGAUAGAAUAUGAAAAUAUCUUGGGGCUUUCUGUCCCAACCAUUCCAGUAUAGAAUAUGAAAAUAUCUUGAGGCUUUCUGUCCCAACCACCAAGAUAGAAUAUGAAAAUAUCUUGGGGCUUUCUGUCCCAACCACUCCAGUAUAGAAUAUGAAAAUAUCUUGGGGCUUUCUGUCCCAACCACUCCAGUAUAGAAUAUGAAAAUAUCUUGGGGCUUUCUGUCCCAACCACUCCAGUAUAGAAUAUGAAAAUAUCUUGGGGCUUUCUGUCCCAACCAUUCCAGUAUAGAAUAUAGAAAUAUCUUGGGGCUUUCUGUCCCCCACAGCAAUAUAAAAGCUUUCUAUCCAUGACCAUUAGAAACAAUAUUUUAUGUAAGUGUUUAUAUUCUUAUAUUAAUGAAUUGGACACUUCAAUAAUGUA